AUGAGUCUCCAGAGCGGGUUUACCGACACCUUAAGCCCUGGGACGACCAGUACAAAUACCAGUCGCCGAUCGACUUCCACCGUCCGAUCACGUACACGCCGCUUCGUGCCCUUUGCCGAUGACGACGACGAUGAGAAUGGGCGACAGCUGCAGUCCACCGGUCUGUCGGCCAUGUCGUCCCGCGACCCGUCUACGAUCCGGUCCCGCGGCACCACGCCUUCCCCCUUCCCAUCUCGAGGCGUCUCCCCGAUUCCCAAAAGCCAUCCGUCUCGUGCCACGCAAUCUCCCGGCCGCAACGGUCUGAAUAGUUCGCUUGGGGGCUUUUACCCGUCGGGGAAGGGUCAGGUCAAUUUCGCCGACUCGUCCCGGGCGGCGGUGGAUUUUUUGGACUCUUCGUGGUCGUCGCUGCAGAGCUUGGCCUCCUCGGUGCUGGGGAGUGAUAUCGCUCGGCCGGCCACGAAUGGUUCCGCUCGAGCACAUGCCCGGAAGCCGUCGCGGCCGGAUCCGUAUAUGAGGACGGCGUCGCGCACGGCGGUUCCCGCCGCUUGGGGUCCGUCCGCGCCGUCGGGGCCAGAAAUCGGUGUUGGCACCAAGGAAGAACGACAGGCCUUGGUGCAGGCGAAGAAACGGGAGGCGUUGCUGCUGGCAGAUACGGCCGAGCCAGGGAACCCCAGCACCCGGCACAAACGACGAGACUCCAGCGACCAAACGGACCACUCCGCCAUUGACCCGGAGCAGGACGAGGAGGCUUUGGCUUACAUUCAUCAUGUACUGGCGACGGAUUCGAUCACGGGAGUGACCAUACGAUACGGCUGCCAGCCUGCAAUCUUUAGAAAAGCGAACGGGUUCUGGCCCAUGGACAGUAUUCAGGGCCGCAAGACCGUUCUGCUCCCGGUUGACUCCUGCUCGGUCAAGGGUCGGCCUGUCAGCCCUCCGGGACGAGUUAACAACCUGCUAGAUGACGAGGAGGCUCGACGAAAGUCCUUAGAGGAUCCGAACGGUAGCUCGAUCGCCCCGGUGUCUGGUCCGGACUCGCCUCGCCCUUUCGAAGAUAACAAGACGCAGGAUGCGCCAGAGGAGGCGGAGGGCGAUCGCCUCUGGAAACACGAGUCCUGGGUACAGAUUGACGGAUUCCCAGCGCCCGUGGAGAUUGGUCGGGUGCCUCGCCGCGCUUUGGGGUUUUUCCCGCGCACGCGGCGAAAAUCGGUGUCCUAUACAGAUUCCGGAUCCCCGUCAGUGUCGGGGUCGGUACGGGACAGGACUGCCACUCCGUCUUCCUCGUCGUCCCCCGUUGAAGCCGCCUGGUCACCAGCUAUCUUCACCCGGCCGCACGCGGAUUCGUCGGCAUCAAGGGGCUCCUCUAACUACAAGCCUAAACACCGCCAUCAACGCCAGCGCAGCAACAUGCAGCUCUCGGCACCCGGUGUCGGGACCCUGGACCGCGACGUCAUGGCCCCGGGCCCGGCUCAGGAUGGUCUCAGCAAAUGGUUCGCUCAGCAUCUUCCCAAUCUCGCUCCGACUCCGGCACCGCCAAAUUUCGAAAGCACGUCGGAGAACGCGUCGACGGCCAACUCGAACACGCCGACGACCAGUCUUGACAACAUCGGCGGGGCCGUCGAAGGCUGGGUCAGGAAGAUGACGACUCGGGCGAAAGCGAGCUUCAAUGAGCUGCAGCAAGACGCCUCGUCCCCUGCCAGCAGUGGACUAGGCCCUGGAAUCAACCGCCGGGGAACCGGCGACUUGAUCGAGCUCAAUGACGGAUUAGAAUCCAGGAGUAACUCGGGAUUACUAGGCGAGACGCGAUUAAGACCCGAAUUCAAUCGAUCCGGGUCCAGUCUCCACACCGGAGCAUCUGUGAGGGAGCGGUUUCCUAGCCCUGCCAAAGGAACGAGCAGGACUCGUUCUUUUGGAGACCGUCAUAAAGAUGAUUGA